CCCCCUACAGGAAACGUGCCGAAUGUCACUGUACAUAUAGCGCUGUCACUUGGCUACUCCCGGAGUCCUGGCACUAGAGGUGACAGUCAUGGCCCUGCAGGUUGUGUUGAGGGCCGGCCGGGCUGUGCGGGCGAGGCUCCCGCUGUCCUCCGUGUGCCAUGGUGCCCGGGCAGUGCACGGCGCCGCUCUGCGCUCCACUGGGCGCCGGUCCCUGCUGGUGGCGGCGGGGGCCGCGGUGACUGCCGGGCUGGUGGCGGGAUACGGUCACCUGCAGCGGGCGGACAUGGCCUCGGUGGAUCACGGGGAGGAUUUGGACAAGCGCGUGGCGGCGUUCAUGGCUCCUCCGGUCACCGAGCUGGAGAAGCUGCGGCGGAGCGGCGGGGACAUGAAGACCCGGAUGGAGCUGCUAAUCAUGGAGACACAGGCGGAGGUGUGCCGGGCGCUGGCGGAGGCGGACGGGGGAGCCGGCUUCACUGUGGACCGCUGGCAGAGGACGGAGGGUGGCGGAGGAGUCAGCUGUGUCCUCCAGGAUGGCAAUGUCUUUGAGAAAGCCGGAGUCAAUGUGUCGGUGGUCUACGGCUACCUGUCAGAGGAGUCCAUUCAGCAGAUGAGAAGCCGCGGGAAGGAUCUGAAAACUAAAGACGGAAAGCUGCCCUUCUGUGCGAUGGGAGUGAGUUCUGUCGUCCAUCCUAAGAAUCCGCAUGUUCCCACCAUUCACUUUAACUACAGAUACUUUGAAAUUGAGGAGGCAGACGGUAACAAGCAGUGGUGGUUUGGCGGUGGGACAGAUUUGACUCCGACCUACCUGAACCUGGAGGAUGUGGUGCAUUUCCAUCAGACUUUGAAGGAGGCGUGUGAUCAACAUAACCCGGGCUUCUACCCAAAGUUCAAGAAGUGGUGUGAUGACUACUUCUUCAUCAAGCACCGCGGCGAACGCAGAGGAGUCGGUGGCAUCUUCUUUGAUGACCUGGACUCCCUAUCAAAAGAUGAACUGUUCCAAUUUGUGAAGAGCUGCACCAAGGCCGUAGUGCCAUGUUAUGUCCCCAUUGUGAACCAGCACAAGAAUGACUCCUUCAGCCCAGAAGAGAAAAUGUGGCAGCAGCUGAGAAGAGGACGAUACGUGGAAUUCAAUCUAGUUUAUGACAGAGGAACCAAAUUUGGGCUUGCAACCCCGGGCUCUAGGAUUGAGAGCAUUCUUAUGUCCCUGCCACUGACUGCCAGAUGGGAGUAUAUGCAUGUACCUCCUCCAGAGUCUCGGGAGGCUGAGAUUCUCAAAGUUCUGCGGGAACCCAAAGACUGGGUUCAUUAAUGAGCUCAGGGACUUUUCACAGUGCCCUCGUUGGAAGGAAGCAUUUGGAGAGUGAAUGUUUUUUUUUUUUUUAUGGGAAGAAAUCCAUGUUCUUUCCCGUUCCACAUGUGCCUUACCUGUUAUUGUGUUUCCCUCUUGGACUUGAGUUUGUCCUUGAUUAAUCUACGUGCCCUGCUCUGGACUUCUCUUACUCCCCCGAUACUCCUUCUGCAGCGACCACUUUGAUAUAACUUUGUCAAAUCUUAUUUGUUUCUGGACCUGAUCAUUCUAUUACUUUGUACACGAAUCCGUAGUUUCCAACCAGCUGCUUUGAACAUACCAUUCUUAGCAUGCUCCGACAGCCAAAGGAAGUCCGUGCCACAACGGCUGGAGAGUUGCUGGUUGGUUGGUGACCACUUCGCUGAAUGCAGAAGACAGUAAUAAUGGCUCUGGACAUUAGAAGAAGCAGCUGCAUAAUAAAAUUACAAAGGAACGUACUAUGCAUCUCCAUAGAAAUUGCUAUAUCCGAGGUAUACAGGUGGAGCAGGUUAUAUUGCAGUAAACGGUACAAUGUACAAUGAGCUGAUACCACUAAGGAAAGUUGGGUCUUUAAUGGAUGAUUCAAUUCCACUUUGUAUGAACUUGUCAUAUAUAUUUUACAUCCUCUUUAUUUUUAUUUUUUUACAAUGGGGGGGAAAAAAUAAAUAAAAUGUAAUGGCCAACAUCCCGCAUUUAGGCCUCAUUCACACAGUGCAGAUCUUGAUGUGUCAAGACCAGUACCGGGCUUUAAGGUGAUAUUUGGAUAUAUUGCCUUAUUUCCAUUUCUGUACUGACUAGGAAUCCUGGGCAGGACAGCUGCUGUUGCUGUACAGCCUGCCUAGUGAUAAAAUAUUGAAAAUGGCAGCAACCAUGCACAUUUGCAGUAAGCAAAAAAAAAAAUAUAAUACUCUAGAUAUUUAAUGAAAAAGAUGACACCUAGAAGCCUGCUUUUAAAGGUAUGUCUUGUCAAGACAACCCCAGUCCAUAUGCUUUUUUUUAUUUAUUUUUUAGAGUUUGAUAUAUGGAUGUUGUGGCCUUGACGAGUCCAUGUUUUACUUCGAUGACCAUUCAUCUGAAAGGCCAGUGUGUCAUACUGCAUUUUCCUUGCAAUGCUGCGGGCUGACUCUCCCAUCAGAAUCCACUGUCUGAGCCAGACUUGCGGAAAAGGGGUUGAUUAUGAGGAGAAAAUCCCUUUAAGUUACUGGUAAGCAACUAAGACAACCCCUGUCCAUAUGCUCAAAGGGCAUAUGGAUAUCAUAGGAAUCCCCUGCUUGGGCGUCCCUCUCUACAAGCUAAAGCUCUGUAGGAAUGGCUCCCUUCUGGCGGACUUGGACAUUCCUUCUGUUGCAAGGAUAGCCAUUUCUCUAAAUGGCUACCAUGGAAUACUACAUUUCCAGGUGGAAUGGCUGGCUGACCAUGUCCGUCCGUCCCCCAUAACCACUAAAUACGUUACUUGGAUGUUGUGUGCCAGUGACUGCAACAAACACUGCUCCAUGUGUAUGCAUGUAUUUUCCUCUAUGAACUCAUGGUUUGUAUUUUAAAUGUGUGAAAUUCCAAUUGGGAUGCCUUUCAAUAUCCACGUGCAUUUUCCUGGUGGUUAUAUACUUUCAGUGCCCUCUGCAUACAGGAUGCACUGUAAUUAUGUACUAAAAGGGAUCUAAGCGGUGACCACCUCAGCAGAGUCCUUAUGUUUCCCGACUUGUGCCUCUAUCUGCUGCGUGUAUUGUCUUCCUGGGUUUUGUACGGCUGAAAAUGGUGCAUUCCCUGCUGUAAAAAAAAUAAAAUAGUCAGCCGCUCAGCACCAGGGGAAUGUGAUGGAUGUACACAUGAGAAGGUGACUGUAAACUGGAUUUGAUAUUUUAGCUGUGAUUGUGCACUGAUACAUUUCAAACUGUGAAGAUACAAAUCAGAUUUUAUACUUUUGUAUUUAUUUUGAUCAGGCGAGUACAACAGGUAACAUUGUUAUAAUCAUUAAAUAUUUUAGGACAAAUCAA